UCCGUUAAGUUUCCAGGUUGGCAUUCCACACGAUGUAAACAUGCGAGUUACUCUAACAUGUGGAAGCUUGCCUAGUGGUGUUCAGGUUUAACAGCUCUCUAGCAUGUAUUCAUCUCGUCUUUUCGUGUAAUAUCGAAUAGUUUGAUAUAAACAUCCAGUUCGGGAUUGUUAAAACUAAUUAGACAAUAGUUUUUAGCGUUAUUACCGAGCCAGAGAGGAUAACAUUAGCGAGCUAACAGCUAGCGGCUAACGUUAGCUAGAGCCAUGCCAGCUCGGACCUUAUUCAUUAAAUCUCUUCCAGCUGCAGCUUCUAAUGCACGGCUGGAGGAGAUCUUCUCUGAGAUUGGUCCGGUGAAGCAGUGCUUCGUGGUCAGGGAGAAAGGUGCAGAAAAAUGUCGUGGGUUUGGCUAUGUCACAUAUUCCAUGGAGGAAGAUGCAGAGAAAGCCUUGAAAGAAGUGAAACAAUACGACGGACAGAAGAUCUCUAUAUCAGUGGCGAAGAAGAAAAUAAAAGAGAAAAGGAAAACGGGACCUAAAGAGCCAGCUGCAGCACCUAAAGAGCCAGCUGCAGCACCUAAAGAGCCAGCUGCAGCACCAAAGGAGAAUGAGCAGAAAUCCAAAGGCUUCAGGAAAAACGACCUGAAAGCCAGACUCAUCAUAAGGAACCUUAGUUUUAAGUGCUCAGAAGAUGAUCUGAAACAAGUUUUAUCCAAGUUUGGAACCGUUCUUGAAGCCAAAAUCCCCCUCAAACCUGAUGGGAAGAUGCGUGGAUUUGCAUUUGUCCUUUUUAAAAAUGUGUGCGAGGCAGGGAGAGCGCUCAAUGCCAUGAACCUGAAGGAGAUUAAAGGUCGGCAGGUAGCAAUCGACUGGGCUGUGCCUAAGGACAAGUUUAUCGCCACACAGGCGUCCUCAAGUGCAGGAAAUAAGAAUACCGAGGCAACUGCAAAACAGUCGGACACAAAGAGCGACACUGAAGACGAGGAGGAAGAAAAGCCACAAGCAGCACCUGAGAAGAAGAAGAAAGUCGCUUCCAAACCAGUUGUGCAGCAGGUGGAAGAAUCCCAAUCAGAUGAUGAAGAUGAUGGCGAGGAAGAGGAUGAUGAUGAUGAUGAUGAAGAUGAAGAAGUUGAGAAAGAGGAUGAUGAUGUGUCCCAAGAGGAAGACAAUGACGGCGACGACGAUAAGAGUAGCCUUGAUUCAGAUGAUGAUCAAGAUGAGGAUGAAGAGGAAGAUGAGGAGGAUGACGAUGACGAAGAAGAUGAAUCAGCUAAAAAGAAAAAAAGGAAAAGAGAGCUUCUCCCUUCAGAUGUGAAAGAAGGCAGAACAAUUUUCAUCAGGAACCUGUCCUUUGACACGGAGGAAGAGGAUCUUGAGGAAAUCCUCCUACGGUACGGAGAGCUGAACUACAUAAAGAUUGUUCUCCACGCAGACACGGGACAUUCAAAAGGUUGUGCAUUUGGUCAGUUUAAGACUAAAGAGGCUGCAGACAAAUGCAUAGCUGCAGCACAGGAGGAGGCCGAGAAUGGUGGCAUCCGUGUAGAUGGAAGAAAGCUGUUGAUUGUGGCAGCGGUGAGCAAAGAGGACGCUUCCAAGCUGAAAGUGGACAAGGUGAAAGUAGAAACGGGGACAAGGAACCUGUACCUGGCCAGAGAGGGAUUGAUCCGUGCUGGAACCAAGGCUGCAGAGGGCGUGCCUGAAGCAGAUAUGGUCAAAAGAACCAGAUUUGAAGAAAUAAAGAAGACCAAGCUUCGGGGCUUAAAUGUGUUUGUGUCAAAGAAUCGUCUGUGUGUCCACAACCUGCCUAAGUCAGUGGACAAUAAAAAACUCAAAGCACUCUGCCUGGAAGCAGUAAAAGGAAGCAAGGGAGUCCGCAUCGUAGAGUGUCGGGUGAUGUAUGACAAGAAGCCAGAGAAGGGUCAGGUGAUGGGACAAUCGUUGGGUUAUGGCUUCGUCCAGUUCCAGGAUCAUGAGCACGCUCUCGGCACACUUCGUUACCUCAACAACAACCCCGACAUCUUUGGCUCACACAAGAGACCAAUCGUUGAGUUCUCCCUGGAGGAUUCAAGAAAACUCCAAAUAAAAGAAUUGCGACAACAAAAAAACAAGGAAUUCAUCCAAAAUCGUCCUUUUAAAGGAGGAGCAAAACCUCAGACAGCCGGAGAUGGAAAGGGACCCAGGAAAGGUGGAAAUAAAGCUCAGUCCUCAUCAGAGCAGACAGGAAAUGAGAGAGUUCCUCCUCAAAGCCAGAAGCAAGGCGGACGCUAUUUCGGCUUCCAGACCAACCCUGAGGUCGAGCACGUAGAUUUGGCGAACGGAAAGAAACGAAGGAAGGUUCUACCCUUCGCUUCCAAACGGGGGCCUAAGAUCAGAAUGCGUGACAAGGGAAAGCAACAGGCUCCACCACCCAAGAAAGCAAAGCCUGGAUCCAACAGGAAGGACCGUCAAAGACAACAGAUGGAAAAGCCCACACAGCCCAGAAACCAGAAGGUUAAAAUGCCAAAGAAGCAAUUCAAGAGAAGGGAUGGAGACCGUUUUGACAGCCUGGUGGAGCAGUACAAGAAGAAGCUGAUGGGGAACAGUAACAAGAACACCAACGUCAAAAGAAACAAGUGGUUUGAUAGUUAAUGCUGCGUGUGUGAGCGUGUUUGUGUGUGUGAGAGUGAGAGAGAAAAUGUGUUUGAAACAGUGUUUCAGUCUACCACAACAGAGGUCCUCUACGAUUGACACCCUGAUGUUUUAAAAUAAGUUCAAUGUUCCUCAUAAAGUAGUUUAGUGUUAUUGUACAGUAUGUGACACCCAUGUGUGAAACUGUACCGUCACUUAACUUCAUUCAUCCUGUUCCUGUAUUUCUGUUAUCCAUGCUCACCUUGUUUGUUUUUACUACUAAAACAAACUGUAAAAAGAGUUUUUUUCAUGUACUUGUAUUUUUAUGAAAAUAUAUUAAAAAAAACAUGAAUUUGAA